CAUGGACCGUCUUGUGCGUCAAGGCGCGUCAGACAGGUAGCCCAUCACAUUGGCGCGGCUCUCCAACGGUCGAAUAGUGAAUUUUCUUUUUUAUCAUACUGUCUUUUCUUUGCUUGGAUGAAGAGUCAUAACGGACGAAAUUGGCGUCGGUUGGAAAGGUAAAAACUUAUAUUUAGAGAGAAAACUAAUAUCUCGAGCUUCAGAAUGGCCUCUAUUGGGGACUUCGAUCCGCUCCAUUCUACGGUACCUGCAACUAAAAUUGAAGUUACUGUAUCGUGCAGACAUCUGUUGGAUAUGGACACAUUUUCCAAAUCAGAUCCUGUUGUCGUGUUGUACAUACAAGGAAUAGGUACAAAAGAAUGGAGAGAGUAUGGCAGAACUGAGGUGAUUGACAACACACUGAAUCCAGACUUUGUGCGGAAGUUUGUACUGGAUUUUUUCUUUGAGGAGAAGCAGAAUCUUCGCUUUGAUGUGUACAAUGUGGACACAAGAAGUUCAAAUAUCUCAAAACAUAAGGAUUUUCUGGGCCAGACAUUUUGCACACUUGGGGAGAUUAUUGGCUCAACGGGUAGUCGGAUGGAGAGAACACUAUCUGGGAUUCCAGGGAAGAAGUGUGGCACCAUCAUCUUAGCUGCAGAAGAGCUCAGCAACUGCAGGGAUAUUGCAACUAUGCAGCUGUGUGCCAAUAAACUGGACAAGAAGGACUUUUUUGGCAAGUCUGAUCCCUUUCUGGUGUUCUACCGCAGCAAUGAGGAUGGAACGUUCACUAUCUGCCAUAAGACAGAGGUGGUCAAAAACAACCUCAACCCUGUAUGGCAACCCUUCACCAUCCCUGUGCGUGCACUGUGUAAUGGUGACUACGACAGGACUGUUAAGGUGGAUGUGUAUGACUGGGAUAGAGAUGGAAGUCAUGACUUUAUUGGAGAGUUCACUACAAGUUAUAGAGAGCUCUCCAGAGGUCAGAGCCAGUUUAAUGUGUAUGAGGUUUUGAAUCCCAAAAAGAAAGGAAAGAAAAAGAAAUAUGUGAAUUCUGGCACAGUGACGCUUCUGUCGUUUAAGGUUGAAUCUGAAUACACAUUUGUAGACUUCAUCAGAGGAGGAACACAGCUCAACUUCACAGUUGCCAUUGAUUUCACUGCAUCCAAUGGGAACCCAGCCCAGCCAACCUCACUGCACUACAUGAGCCCGUAUCAGAUGAAUACCUACGCCAUGGCUCUGAAGGCAGUGGGGGAGAUCAUCCAGGACUACGACAGUGACAAACUCUUCCCAGCCUAUGGUUUUGGUGCCAAACUGCCUCCAGAUGGCAAAAUCUCCCAUGCCUUUCCCCUGAAUGGCAACAGUGAAGACCCAAACUGUGUUGGAAUAGAGGGGGUGCUGGAGGCCUACUUCCAGAGUCUCAGAACUGUACAGCUUUAUGGCCCAACCAACUUUGCUCCGGUCAUUAACCAGGUAGCAUGCUCAGCACAGGAAGUGACUGAUGGCUCCCAGUAUUUUGUGCUGCUGAUGAUCACAGACGGGGUGAUCUCAGACAUGGUGCAGACCAAAGAGGCCGUUGUCAACGCAUCUUCUUUACCCAUGUCUAUCAUCAUUGUGGGUGUGGGCCCUGCUGAGUUUGAUGCCAUGGAGGAGUUAGAUGGUGACGAGGUCAGAGUGUCCUCUAGAGGACGAUUUGCGGAGAGAGACAUUGUUCAGUUUGUUCCGUUCCGGGACUACAUUGACCGGUCUGGGAACCAGAUUCUGAGCAUGGCUCGGCUGGCUAAAGAUGUUCUGGCAGAGAUCCCUGAGCAGCUGCUGUCCUUCAUGAAGAGCAAAGGAAUCGAGCCGCGGCCCGCGCCCCCUGCCUCCUGCGUGCCAAACAAACCCCCCGGCAGCAUGCGCAUCUGAAGGCCGCGCCCUGGCAAAGAGUGAGAGGAAGAUUUGGGGGCCUGGAGGCAUGUAACAGGCAUAGGAACACCCUGGAGGUUGGCACCCCUGACUGCCAGUGCUACCAGCUUUUAUAUAUGUUCAUAUAUAUCAUUUCCCUCAAAAUAAAUUCCAUCUGUACUGUGUGUGCUCUGUUCUUGAAAGAAUCCAAGAAAACACGACAGAGCAGAAAACUAAGCAGAUGCUCUGCCCAACAUAUUAGAACUGAUAAAUGUCACAGUUGAAAAUUGAAAAAAAAAAGUUGGUUGCGUCAUCUGGAGAAGCUGUGAACCCAUCAAAACUGAAAGGAGAUACUUGGUCUGAUUCGACCAGAUUCCGCAGACACGCAGAGACAGGCUGUCACUGUGACAGAAAGAAAGAAAAGCAUAAAGGAGAAUAAAAAAGGAGAGAGUGUGAGAGUGAGAGAAAGAGAACGAGUGCUUCAAGAUAAGGUGAAAGGGCAGAUGAGCUCAUCUUCUCCUCUAGACACCAAUGGCAUGGAAUGCAAGGGUGUCCACUGCAGCCAACUGUAGGCAUGAUGCGAACAGAAAGAAAUGCAAACUUUUUAUGAACCCAGAAAAAGACCGACUUCUAUAGACCUGGCAGCUAACAUGCUGUUUGUGCUCUUUGUUGAAUGAAUGAUGAAAAAACAGAAAUCUGAUAUGUCUGUAGUGUCUAUCUAAGGACAUUCUCUAUCCACUGUAUAUUUGAGGCCAACAAUCUGUCAAGAAACCAUCAAAUUUUUCUCUACAAAAUGGCAAUUCUGCAUCUUGAUUAAGAGCACUGUACAUACUAAGACAUUCCUGCCUCUGUAACAGUAAAACAAAUGACAAAGUCAUUUUUGGGCAGUAUAUUUUUGAAUUGCUUGGAUGUAUUUGAUCAUUUCAUAUUGGUUGUUGGCUGUCGCUGGCAGUUUUAAAAAUUUGUAAGUAAGGUUGAAGAGGAGAGAGAGAGAGAGAGAGAGAGAGAGAGAGAGAGAGAGUGAGAGAGAGAGCACAUCACAUUUUCUACAGUGAUACACUAGCGGUCCAUCCACACUCAACCUGACUGCAUAUUGCAUCCUUUACACAUUUCUCUCUACCAUUACACCCCUUACCCUGCACCCUCCAGGUGCUCAUAUAUGUCCAAACCCUUUGCAAUUCAUUUGGGGGUGGUUUCCUCCGGCUGACUUGAAACUGCAUCACUGUUCAAGAACUCCCUUUUCAUGCCCUUCAUUCUCAGAUCCUCUCGUUGCCCUCUGAUGAACUGAUGCUGUUGUGUGACAUUUUAGAGCCUCCAGUUUUGCCUUAUCUGAACGAAUUCUUCUUCAGCUCUGUUCUUCCUUUCAGCCACAACCUGGAAGGCUUUAACAAGCUUUACCAGAUGAAUAAUGUAUUCCAGUGCUAGCCCUGGAGGAUCCCAACUGGCUCACCAAGCCUACAGUCUGUGUCCUGCCUGUUUACAGUCAAGAGCAGCUACAAUAACAUGCUUGAUAAAAGAAGACACAAGUGCCAAAUCCACAAUACAUCAAGCCAAGACUGCAAGGGCACCUUCACACUUUAACUUAUUUAUUUCUUAAAAUGCAUUGCUUAAAAGGAAUUUAUCCCAAUUGGCACUUGGAAAUGUGGCAUAGGGCCAUUACUGGUGUUUUGAGAGACAUGGAAUGUGCCUCUUUUCCUUUGCAAAUGAAUGCAAAGUUAUUCUGUACCUUCCUCAGCUCCAUAUCAUCCUGACUCCUGCUCUAGUUGCAUCUGACACCUCGUGCCCUAAAUCUGGAGCAUGCUCUGUCUUAGGCUUGUGGUGGGUGCUUUGUUGCUCACUGUAUUUACAGGGUGCCUGAGCAUGAGCUGAACUUCAUGCUGGGUGUUCCCGCCAAGGUCUCCCAACACCUCUCUUCCUCUAGCAUUGAAAGUAUACAGUCACUUGGGGCAAGACCACAAAUGACAUUAUAAAGACCGUUAUCCCUUUUGGGCCUUUGCUCUCCUUAAAAAAUCUUAAAGAAGAUCUCUUUCCUCCCUCAAUUCCACUUUCUCUCUCUAAUUCUAUUAUAACUCUAUUUAAUUAAAUGCAAGAAAAUUGGAAAAACUUAUUGAGUGUUGGCUAAGGUUCAUUAACUACAUUUGUUCGAAGAAUUGUAUUAAUACUGAACUUGACUUGCUAAUUCCCCUCUGUUACAAAACCUCAAUUAAUUUGCUUUUGUAAACAAAGAAUUUGCAUUGGAAUAAACAAUGAGUAGGUUG